AUGAGUAGUGUCCACGAAAGCUCAAUCAAUGCGUCACAGACAAUAGCCUCUGAGUCGGUUGAGAAGGGUCCGCGUAUAGAUGAUUCGUCCGAUGGCAAGGAUAGUGAUCCUACUAGAACACGAGCGAAGUCAAUAGACGAAAAGACUCUCAAUGAUCCUGAGUCACUUGUGAGGGAGGAACGCGAGGCAACGAGGGCAGCAAUACAGGAGCCCGAAGGGAAAGAUGAUGUGUUUCCGGACGGUGGACUCCGUGCUUGGCUAGUGAUUCUCGGAGGCUUCUGUACUACAUUCUCUAGCUUCGGAUUUGUUAAUGCUUGGGGGGCUUUUCAGUCGUACUAUGAACAAACCCUCCUCCAAGAUUCGACGACCUCAAACAUAGCUUGGAUCGGAUCUAUUCAGUAUGCACUCACGUUCCUGCCCUCGAUCAUAACUGGUCGUCUAUUCGAUUUGGGUUACUUCCGACUGCCACUACUCCUGGCUAGCUGUUUGAUGGUCAUAGCCACUUUCUUGACCGCUCAGUGCACAGAAUACUGGCAGUUUCUACUCUGUCAGGGCUUUGCUGUAGGCCUAGCAUCCGGGGUGAUUUUUGGUCCUACUAUAGCAGUUAUUUCGCAUUGGUUCAAGAGACGCAGAGGUCUUGCGUUAGGGCUCAUUGCAUGUGGCUCGUCAACGGGUGGAACUAUUUUUCCCAUCGCCUUCCACAAUUUAGUUGAUAAAAUAGGAUUUCACUGGACAAUGAGAGUAAUGGGGUUCAUUCUUAUAGGCGUUCUAGGCGUAGCGAAUUUAACCCUAGCACGUCGCUUGCCUCCUGUCCAUGUUUCUGGAGGUUUGCUGAAUUUACGCGCGUUCAAAUCGCUGCCGUAUAGCAUAUACACAAUUUCGGGUUUUAUGACUUUCCUUGGUCUUUAUACAGUGUUAACUUACAUUGACGUGAGUGCGGCUUCAAAUGGAGUGGACGACAGCUUCGCAUUCUAUCUCGUGGCAAUAGCCAACGCUUCGUCAAUGGCAGGACGCCUGAUGGCAGGUUAUCUUGCUGAUAAAAUUGGGGCAAUUAAUGUCAUGGCACCCUUUACACUUGUGGGCGGAAUAAUGACGUAUAUUUGGCCCUUCGUUCGCGGGAAGGCAAAUUACAUCGCGAUCGCAGUCUUUUACGGAAUGGCGUCAGGAGCAUACGUAUCGUUACUUGCAGCACCUUUGAUUGCUCUUGGGGAUACAAGCGAUGUUGGUCGGCGGACUGGAAUGUUCAUGUCGAUACUAGCCUUUGGGGCUGUUGCAGGUCCUCCUAUAUCUGGAGCGAUAAACGAGGCAACAGGAGGCUACACUGCUGUUGGCAUCUAUGCAGGAUCAGCAGUAGUCGUUGCGGUUGCUGUAAUGUGGAUUUCGCGCUGCCUGGUAUUGGGACGAUUUUGGGGAAGAUUUUAAUAAUGCUUUACCGCGAUUCUUUUUCUACCACUAUCGUUUUCCUUGUAGUCACUUUUCAUCUGGGAUCUUCUAUCGCAUGAACGCCCUACCCGAUAGACUUGUUUUGUAAUGAAUGUUGACGCCCAUAGAAUAGAGUAGCUAACUUGCCUUAAACUAAUUUCAUCACUAGUAGCCAUUUUGGA